ACAUGCUCACCAAAUCAUGAAUGGCGAUCGUUCAUAACCUAUCGCCUGUAGUACCUAAUAAAUAAAUUACUUUAAUUAAUGUUAUAAAAUGUUAGGAAUAAUUAUUUACAAUAGUGACGAACCAAUUAGGUAGUGUUGUGAAUCAGUGGGUCUCCCGCUAUUUUUUGACAAUAAAACAAAACAAUCCUGGCAACAUGUCAAGCAGUCCAUUCCCGUACACAUGCGAGCUAUGCGGCGCAGAGGGUCUCACAGACGAAGGGAUGCGGUCCCACACGCUAGAGGCGCACGUAGCAGGUCGGCCGGAAUGCCCGUUUUGCGACUGCGCCGUCCCACAACCGCAACUUGUGGGACAUGUACAGAGGGCGCAUUUACACUAUCUCACGCCCGAAAGGGAACUUAUGGCGUUCAUUGAUGACCAGAGUCCAAGCUUUGAAGAAGACAAAAUGACAACGACAGAUAGUUGUAGUUACAAUACACCUGGCUCCAUCAACGGCUGGCAUUCCCCUGACACCUCGUCAUGCUUCCACAACGGAGCUAUAUCGAAGAACUACAACGGGUACCAGGAGAAGGACAGCUAUAGAAACGAGAGAGACGACGAUAGGAUCAGUCGUUCGCCGAAAAACAUCAAUUUAUCGAAUGGAUUGAAAAAUAUUAAUUUAAGCAAUGGGGUGAUACCAAAAAAGGUUAAAAGUAGGCAUAAUUCAAAUGAGGAUGUAGUGAAUGGCCAUGACAAAAAAGGAGCACAUUCCAGUCCAAGUCACAAUAAUUAUGAAGGCUCACCAAAUAAAAAUAAGUUAACAAUGUCCAGUGGAGGACAAGGUUCACCGCUUCGGUCACAACUGGCGUUGAAAUUGAAGCCCAACACCCCUAAGAAAUCAGUUUCAACACCCAGUCCUACCGUGCAGUGUCUUCUAUGCGAUUUCAAGUCAACAUGUCCUCGAAAAUUGGAGGAACACAUAAACCGCGCACAUUUCGAUUUAACGUCGCCUUCUGUGAUGGGGAAUGCAAAUGCUAACAGUAAUAACACUGAAAACAACCCCACGUUGGGUCUGAUGAAUCCCACGAUCACCCUGGACAACCCCACGCUUGCGUUAAGUGCGAUGGCAAUGUCUCCAGGACCACACAGUUCAUCGUAUCAGUGUCCAAUAUGCGAAAUAGAAUUCACGACUUGUUCCGAAGUAGAAGUCCAUGUGAAUGUAGAACAUCGAGAUAUUUUGAGUCCACAAAAAUCUGACCAAGUAGACAAUGCAUCAUGUGAGGAUGUGGUGAUGAUGGAAGAGAGCCCUGUGAGCAACUGUCCAGUGUGCUGUCAACCGCUGCCACUGUCUCACCAUGAACUUAUCCAACAUAUAGAAGAACACUUUGAAUGGGGAGAAGAUGGUGCAUCAUCAUUAUCAGUGGCUGAAAGAGAAGCACAGAAGACUAGAGAGGAACAUGAGUUUCAGUUAUUGAGGGCGCAAUACGGCAUGGAGGACGGCGAUGAGGAGGGCUACACGAACAGGGCUACCAACAGUUUAAAGCGCGCGGUGUACAGCGGCGCGCUGUCGGUGGCCGGGUACUACGAGCGCAGCGUAGGGCUCCGCAGGGCUUCGGCCUCGGGCAGCGACGCCGGCUGUUCCAGGACUGGGGGGAUAUUGGAGAGGAUAGCUCAGCUCAACAGCCAGAGCCCGAGCAUAGUGAAGAGCUACCUGUGCAGCGCUGUGGACCACUUCGCCAGCUGUUACGGCGACCGCGGCUGGGGCUGCGGAUAUAGAAAUAUGCAAAUGGUGCUGUCGUCUUUACUGUGCAACAGCCGCUACGCGGCGCUGCUGAGCGUGACGUCACCCGGCGUGCCGUCCAUCCCGCGCCUGCAGGCGGCCGUCGAGGCGGCCUGGGCCAGCGGCUUCGACACCCAGGGCUCCGAGCAGUUGGGGUCGAAGCUGACGAACACACGAAAGUGGAUCGGCGCAUGCGAAGUCGUUACAGUACUAUCUUCCUUACGGAUACGAUGUCAACUAAUAGAUUUUCACAAACCAACGGGUUCAGACGGGAGUCAUCCGGCCUUAUUCGAUUGGGUGCUGCGAUACUUCACUGAGAACCCUACGGACUUCAAACCGCCACUGUAUCUCCAGCAUCAAGGUCACUCGCGGACAAUAAUAGGUUACGAGAAACACAAGGACGGCAAAGCGACAUUACUAGUGUUGGACCCCUCACACUCGCCAGCACAGAUCCGUCAGGUUCUGAGCGGAAACACAGCCGCUUGUGUGACGGCGCUCCGCCUCCUGCGCAGAGGGGCCCCCGCCCUCCGCGCCAAGCAGUACCAGUUGCUGGCUGUCACCGGCAUCAUGACCUCGGACGAGGAGUACGAGGCUAGUAAAGUGCUACAAUCGGUACGUAUACCGUAGGGCCGGGGACACACCGAGAGAGGGCUGGAGCUAGCACACGCGACACUUUUGUGACACGGUGUGAUUUGACACGAUUUUGACAUCAUUUUCUGUAUCGUCACGUUUGUGUCGUCGAAAAUUUCACAGCUUCAGAUUUUUUGAAAUUAUAUCUGAAUUAAUUUGUUUUAUAUAAUUCUUUGAUCCUUUGCAAGCAUAGCCUAUUGUUAUCACGAGUUUGUGUGUGAGAGCUCGUUUAAAAAAAAUCGUGUCAAGUCAUAUAGACAGCGUGGUCUUAAAAAGAAUAUAACAUCAGCAAAUAUAAUAAUUAUAAUUAAGGAAUAUAUGAAAAAAAAUGUUUAGUGUUAUCAAUCGCCUUACUGAAUGUCAUUAAAAUAGUCGUGCCUAUACACGAAUUCAUAUAUAUAAUAUAUAAGCUAUAUAAUUAUAAAACAUAAUAUCAUAAAUGUGAAAGUAAGUUUGUUUGUUACCUCUUGACGCUUUAGCUAUUAAACAAAUUCUCUUGAAAUUUUGCAUACAUACAUGUAGUUUGAAGUACUGAGAAGGACAAGUACAGAAAGGUACCCUAAGCGGAAAAAAUAAUGAUCCCGUGGGAAAUACACGCGGGCGAAUCCGCGGGCGAAAGUAAGUAGUAAGCUAUAAGCUCAACAUAGGGACAUACAAUUUUAUUGAUACUGUGGUCAAAUGUGAAAUUAUAAUACAGUAUUGAUAAUAUUGUAUGAAAAAUCGUCAUCAAUCAAUUUAAUUGUAUUUUCUACCUCACACAUAUAAUUUGUCGAUUUUUUGUCAAUUCGCUCGCAAACUGUUAAUGAAUAUUGAAUAAAUAUAACGUAGAGGAAGCUGUUCAUGCUAUUUGUAUAUUUCUAAAUGGUGUCAAAAAAAUAUAUAUUGAUAAGGCGUGUUGGAAUAAUAAUUUCACAAAAUUUUCAUAAAGUCACUAAAUUUCCAAUUUUGGUUACAGUGAUGCCAGUCCCCUUGAUAACAGAUACAAUGAUACUAUUUAAAAAUAUACAAAAACUGUAUAAACUGUACUCGACGGGUCUACACUACGUUUUGGCGAUUUUGACGAUAGUAUAUAGCCGCCAUAAAAUUACAGGCUUAGCGCUUAGUGCGGUCCGUUGAGAUUGAUCCAAUUGAAAUAGUUUUGAAUAUUCACUUUUUUAUCGAAAUAUUUUGAAAAUAAAAAUAAUAAAUAUCUUUUUUGUUUAACAAUAUAACAAGCAAUUUUAUACAACGCUGACUCAUGACCAUAAUAUAGCUAUAAUUAUCACUAGCAUACAUUACUUCGGCAUGCCUUGGAAGUUAAGAAAGAUACUAAUUGUGGCGGCUAUUAAGAAAAAAAGAUAAUUUUUACAAAUAUAGCUUCGUUCCUUUGUCAUAGCAUACUUUUACCUCACCGCUCCCCCCGGGCAAGAUGACGUUCAUUGAAAAAUGAGUUUUAAAGCGUCCUCUGUAGACAUAAUUUACAUUGUUCACAAGUUAGCGGAUCGCCAACUGUCGUCAAUGUAAAGUAUGUACUACAAUUGAAGUUUUAAAGCAAAAAUUUUCAAGAAACAUCAUUCGCCGGAAGCGGUACAGAAGUUAUGACCUUGAUUCUAACGUUGUAAUAUUUGUGACGUCAAGCCGUAGAGAAAACAAUAGACCUAGUUUAUCUUCCAUUUCACUCAUACAAGAAAGAGAAACUAGUAUUAUAAAUACACAAGAGGAAACGGGACAGAGCGCCAAUAUGUUUUGUCCCUCAUUAAGUGUUAUUUGACGUCGUAGGCUAGCACGAUAGCGCUCGAUACCUCGAAUGUGAUUUGUACACUAUUUUUCUGUUAGCCGCAACAAUAUCUGUGUCUCAUCUAAGAAGAGUAGAAAGGUAUUUUAAAAUAAUUUAUUUUCUUUGCCAUUGCAACACCUAAUUGGUUAAUAUAAACACUAACCGCCUUAUUCAUAAACAUUUAAUUCUCUGAUUAGGCGUGGAGUACACGUAUACGAACGUAGUAAAUCUUUGUUUUGUCCCUCUCUCUCUUGUCAGCAUUUGACAUUGAAAGAACGAGACAAUACAAAGAAUAACUAUUCCAAGGCUAAUCAGAGAAUAACUUUUUUAUUAAUAAGGGGGACAGUGUUACAAGCCAAGAGGACACAGCGCCCAUAUUUAUCUUCAGCUCUAAAAUUUAGUAUUACAAAUUUAGCUUACGGUUACAAUAAUUAUUUGCACGACAAUAGUUCCUAAAGGAAUUGGGUUAAGAAAGGGGUAAGUGUAUGACGGUGCUUAGUGUGAUACCUGAGGGGUUAGUGCGGGUUUGCAUUCACUUCUCACCAUCGAAUCGAUUCGAAGUGAGACGCAGCGAACUAAUCACAUUGCAUUGUGGUUGUCGUUACGUCGCAAUGGCGCAAUGUGAUUGGUUCGCUGCGUCUCACUUCGAAUCGAUUCGAUGGUGAGAAGUGAAUGCAAACCCGAACUGACCCCUCUGUUGUCUGUCAAUCGAGUUGCAUUGCUUAUUUUAAAUAACACUAAAAUAGAGCUUCGUACCUCUAAAUUUUCUUAGUCGAUUUAUUACAUGCAUAACACUUUAAAAUGUCAGUCAGUAAGAUUUUUAAUAUCAUUUGUGUUUUUUUAUUUGAAACUAGAAAAACUGUUUUACCAUCGUACCAGGGGCGAACCGCUGCAACACGACACGAUCGUAAAACAGUUUUAUAUGGAAUUAUUUGUACAGCGAUCCGUCGCCUUAAUAUGAUAAUUGUAUCAAAGCAAGUAAGAUUUAAACAGUGCAUGUCGAUUGGCGAUGACGGCAAAGUGUGUAGUGCCUUUAAGUUAUGUUUGUUCAUUCUCAAUUUUACUUGAGCUCAGUGUUAUUCAUAUAACAGUUUGUUUUGUCUCGUUCUGUCACUGUCAAAUAUUGUAAGGUGCGACAGUGACAAAACAUACUUUAGCUUUAAUUUUAUUAAUAACACGGUUAGACCGAAUGACAAUAUUACUUAUGCAUUUGUUUGUUUUAAACUACAAAGUAAUUAAUUCUUAUGAAAGUGGUAAAAAAUUAUUGGCAAUAAUUUAAAUUGUCAUUGACAAUGGAUAGAUAGUCUGGGAAAGUAUAAUAAAAAGUGUUAUUCUAUGUAGAUUGGAUGAUAAUAAUUGUUUUUAACCCCCGACAGCAAAAAGAGGGGUGUUAUAAGUUUCACGUGUGUAUCUGUCUGUGGCAUCGUAGCUCCCAAAAGAUUGAACCGAUUUUCGUUUAUUUUUUUUUUUGUGUCAUAGACAAUUUUAUCCCGAGUGUUCUUAGCCAUGUUUCAUGAAAAUCUGUUCAGCCGUUCAAAAUUUGUAGCGAAAUGAAUAUUGAAAAUCGGGGGUUUAUUUAUUUGUCUAACAGAUAAACUUGUUGUUUUUGGACUAGACAAAAUGUAACUUGAUAUCGAAUGUUCUAUAAUCGAUUUACUUACUGGGAAUAUUGUUAUCGAUUAUAAUGUUUAUGCAUUGAUGCAAUGGAAAAAACUAUAUUGAAAAUUUAUGAAAACCCCCAAAUAAAGAUGUUGAUGAUGAAAGAGUUGAUGGCUUCCAAAGUUUCCAAAAAUAGCUACGAACAAUCUCGAUUAAAUUCUCUUUCAAAUAAAGAUCAAAAUCUAUUCUGUCGUUUGGCUGCUACGAUCAUACGGACAGACAUACAGAUACAUAGACACGUUAAACUUACAGCUGCUUGCCUUUUGUCGUCGGGGGUUAAAAAUAGCAAAAAAAACGUUACGGCGUAAAAAGUAUAUUAACGUCAAUUGUUUUUAAAUUUGUGCUCCUUGCUCUUAGAGACAGUUAGAGUUAAGUUAGACGUGAUAGUGAUAUUAUAAAUUGUUUAAAGUAUGUAGUUUAAACUGGGGCGUUAAAAAGGCUUUGAAGUGAAGUAUUUAUCAACAUGAUAUGUUAUGUAAUGGCUUUUACAUUUAAUUCUAUGUUUAACGUUAAAUUUAUUAUUAUAUCGUAUCAGAGCUUAUCAUUGUCGAUCAAACGCUGGCAAAAUCGAUAAGACAUCCCGUAAAUAUCUGAAGGAUCGUAGUGGAAAAGCAAGUGCUUUUUGAUCCCCCGGGGAAAUAAAAAAGGGAUCCUAGUGGAACGAGUGAGACAUUUAUGUUGUGGUAACCACUUUCCAUCAAUGUACAGUAUCAGAUCGAGUAAUAGGCGCGAAUUUACAAUUAAUUUGGGUAUGUUAUGGUAUACUGUAAGUAAUAAAAUUAUAAUGCUCUUUUGGUCGUGCCACCGUUUGGUCAAAACUUUAUCAAAUCUUGUUAAUUGUGUCAAUUAUGAUGUAACAAAUUUUCAAAAUGUUUUCAUUAUUCGUUGUUGUGUAAUUAUAUUGUCAAUUGACCAAUCGUUGUUUUUCGCACUUAUUCACAAAUAUUACAUGAACUUGUGAAACGAAAUGUAGCUUCCUACACACACAUGAAAACCUAUUUUAAUCAAAAUGUUUAUUCUCGUUCUGUCAAUGUUAAUCAUUGUAAAGUGAGAUGGGGACAAAACAUUAUUAACUAAGAUAGUUAGCAAAGUUUUUAUGAAUAAAAGGAUUAUUAUAGAAUAUUUUACCAACUGUGUGCUGACAAAUUGUUUUGUGAAUAAGUGCGUUAGUGUUAAAAUUUGAACUUGUAAAUUUUGAUGUGAAUAGGUGCGUUCAGGUUUGAAUAUCGGGAUCAAAGUGUCGACGGGAAGUGCCUACUGGUGAUAAAAUUGUAUAAUUUAUCAUGCAAUUUAUUUUAAUAGAAACGUCACAAGUGCGUUUAUUAACAGUGAUUUUUAAUAAAAUGUAAUUAUUUAAAAGCAAUCUAGUCUUAGACGAUAAAAAGAGUUUAAAUUUUGUUCUGUAUUAUGUAUUUUACGAUUGAAAUAUUUGUUGAAUUACCGAAUUUAUGUUACGUUAUUUUUAAAGCCAAUUGUUCACCUUUGCUUUAAAUAUACUCAUUUUAUUACAAAUAUGUUUUUUAAAUGUUUUUGAGAAGAUUAAAUUGUAAAUUUAUAUUUUGAACACAAAAUAAUGCAUUAUCACAAUGUAUCAAUAUUGUUUGGGUCGUCUAGAAAGCAAAUGAAAGAUGCAUCGCUUAGUACAAACGCUAUAUCUAAGAUUCGUUGGUUGAUAUUAUUUAGUGUGUAAAGAUAGAUAUACGUAGUUAGCGACGCGGCGUUACUUGAAUACGAUUCUUUUUUUAUUAUUAUUACGACAUAUGAAAGGAUCUGUCGAAAAAUGAGCAUUUGCCGCACAAGCACUACGCAAAACGGGCAUUUCUCAAAAUGUAAACUUUUCAUUUUAUACCAGAAUUAUCAUUUCAUCAACUUUGUAAUAUAGCAUUAUUAGUGCGAAUGUUUAUGCUUCAGUGUUCAUUUUUCGAAAUUCAUAUUUUGCAUACAGACCCAUAU